AUGAAUGGUUCAAUUGAUUUAACAUUAAAAGAUGAGCCAACUCAAGUUUAUGAAGAAUAUGAAAGAUAUCCAACAACCGAUUCUGAAACCUUAUCAUCCAUUUUGCCAUUACCAAAUAAUUCAUUGACCACUACCAGCCAAAAAAAUCAUUAUAAGAGAGCAAAUAUAAUUUAG